CCAACCGAUCUAAACAACUCCAAUCUGAAGUUCCCAGCAUAGUUUGUCCUGUGGAAGUUUGAAAAUCAUCUAAUCUCAAAACUGCGCAUAAAGAUAGUGACUAUCUCCUGUUUGUUCUUGAUACGACAGGAUACGACAAGAUUCGUUCGGGAAAAGAGUGACUUGAGAUCCGUGACUGCGGACUCGCCCGAGCUAGAUAACCCCAGAGCCCACACGUGUCGGCAGGCCCCGGAGAAGAUCAAUCUGGAGAAGGUCAAGUAUAACCUAGGCUACUUUUACUUUGCUCGUGCAAGUUCGAUUCGAGAACAGAGUACUGUUAUCACAUUAAGACGCAAUCAUGCCGGAGGCAGCCCAGAUUCCCAUUAUCGACAUAUCUGCAGAGGGGGCAGACGAGCUCGAAGUAGCCAAGAAAUUGGUCGAUGCUGCGGCCGAAUAUGGCUUCGUCUAUAUCAAAAACGCCGGAAAGGACAUUUCAGCACAACAGGUCCAAGGUGCCUUCGAUAUUUCUCGAAAGCUGUUUCUGGAAACCAGCGUGGAAGAAAAGCAAAAAUGUACUAUCCAGAAGAACAACCGCGGCUGGUCAGGCAUGCACAGCGAGACCCUAGAUCCCAAGACGCAGCGUGUGGGCGACUUCAAAGAAGCAUUCAACUUCGGCCCUUUCAACGGCAACACUCCAGAACAGCCCAUCCCGUCGACAAUGGAGCCGCACCAGGCCGACCUCGCUGCCUUCCGGGAGUCCUGCCACGGUCUCUGCCGCAAGAUCCUCUUCCUUUUCGGGAUCGGGCUAGGCGUCGACCCCCCGGAUUUCUUCACGUCGGCGCACACCUCCUCGCAGCCCUCCGGCACCAUCCUGCGGCUCCUGUACUACCCGCCGCCAAACAGCGCGACCACGUCCUCGGCGCAGGUGUCCGACGUCCGCGCCGGCGCGCACUCGGACUACGGCUCCAUCACGCUCCUGUUCCGGCUGCAGGGCCAGGCGGGCCUCGAGGUGCUGACGACGCCCUUCAACGUCUGGGCGCCCGUCCCCGUCGUGCCGGCCGGCACGGAGAACGACCCCUCGCCGCCGAUCCUGGUGAACAUCGGCGAUCUGCUCAGCUACUGGACGAACGGGCUCCUGAGGUCCACAGUGCAUCGUGUGACAUUUGACGCGAAAGGCGUGAACGGAGAGACUAACUCCGAGGCGCGGUACAGCAUUGCAUUUUUCUGCCAUCCGGCAGAUAAGACCAAGUUGGCGCCCGUGCCGAGUAAGAGGGUUGAGGAGUUUGUGGGGAGCACGGCGGACGCAAAGGAAGGAAACCCGUAUGCGGAACGCAAGGUGCUGACAGCGACUGAGCAUUUGCAGAUGAGGCUGCAGGCUAGUUAUGCUGAUUUAUAUAAGACAGAGGAGCAGAAGGAGUAA